AUGCGAUUCGUCUUUGCUGUUUAUACCUUUCUCUUUCUUAAACCUCUGUCUCUCUUAGACUGUCUCUCUCUCUCUCUUAACAUCCAUGUAAACUCUCUCUCUCUCUCUCUCUCUCUCUCUCAAACUCUCUCUCUCAAACUCUCUCUCUCUCUCUCUCAAACUCUCCCCUCUCUCUCUCUCUCUCAAACUCUCCCUCUCUCUCUCUCUCAAACUCUCUCUCUCUCUCUCUCUUCAAUCUCUCAAUCUCUCUCUCUCUCUCUCUCUCUCUCUCUCUCAAUCUCUCAAUCUCUCUCUCUCUCUCUCUCUCUCUCUCUCUCUCUCUCAAACUCUCUCUCUCUCUCUCAAACUCUCUCUCUCUCUCUCUCUCUCAAACUCUCUCUCAAACUCUCUCUCAAACUCUCUCUCAAACUCUCUCUCAAACUCUCUCUCAAACUCUCUCUCAAACUCUCUCUCAAACUCUCUCUUUCGCGAUCAUCAACGGCAGCCUUGGCUGACGAGUCUUCGCUCAUUUCCGUGGAUAACAAUGGCACGCUCUUCAUCAAUGGCACCAACCGCGUCGUCUUUAAUGGCGUCGACGUUCUGGAGCGCUUGGAGUCCCUCACGACAACGCUUGAGGCGCUGGUCGGUUUGCAGCAUGCGCUCAACCCGCCGCAGUUUGAGGAGCGUACCAUUUCCAUGGCCGCUCUUUCAGCAGAAUCAGUGUACGCGGCAGAUCUGGACAAUGACGGCAACCUCGAUGUCCUCAGCGCCAGCCAACAGCAGAAAAAGAUUGCAUGGUACCGCAACAACGGCAACGGCACCUUUUCAGACGAAAACAUCAUUUCCAUGCAAGUGGCGGGCGCUCGCUUUGUGUAUGCAGCGGACUUGGACAACGACAACUUUGUUGACGUCCUCUGCGCCGGCAUAUCACAAAACGAAAUCUCAUGGUAUCGCAACGACCACAAUGGCACCUUUACCCCGGUACUCUUGACAACAGCGGUCAAGGGUCCAACCUCGGUCUAUGUCGCAGAUUUGGACAACGACGGCCACGGGGACGUCCUCAGCUCUAGCGCAAUGGACAACAAGAUUGCAUGGUACCGCAAUAACGGCAAUGGAACCUUUGCAGAUCAAGCGGUCAUCACCACUGCUUUUAUGGCCCCAUAUUAUGUGUUCGCGGCAGAUCUGGACAACGACGGAUACACUGACGUUCUCAGCUCCAGUGUGGAGGAUAACAAAGUGUUAUGGUAUCGCAACCAGGGCAAUGGUACCUUCUCAGACUUCAGGAUCAUCACCUCGAAGGUCGAUUAUGCGGUGGCCGUGUACGCCGCCGAUCUGGACGAGGAUGGCCUUCUUGAUGUCAUCAGCGCCAGUCGGGACGAUGACAAAGUUGCUUGGUACCGCAACAAUGGCAACGGCACCUUCUCGGACCAGAUCAUCAUCUCCACAGACACCGACGGCGCGCACUCGGUAUACGCGGCCGAUCUGGAUCAAGACGGGCAUCUCGACAUACUCAGCGCCAGCAUCGAGGACAGCAAAAUUGCUUGGUUUCGCAACCACGGCGAUGGUAUUUUUUCAGACCAGAUCAUCAUCACCACAUCGGCUGACUUUGCCUUGUCGGUGUAUGCUGCAGACUUGAAUAACGACGGCAGCAUUGACGUCCUCAGCGCAAGCUUUGAUGACCACAAGAUCGCAUGGUACCCCAACACCAAUCCGCUAGCAGAUUUCGCUCCUCGCGUUUGA